ACAAUGUUGUUCCCUGCUGUGACCUGGUUCCUGUUGGUAGCAGGGCUGUUGGGUGUCUGGGCUCAGGACUACUAUGAAGAGAGAACAGUGAACAAGAGACCCAGGGGCAGGGGGGCCCAACUGCAAGCUCCAGCCAUUGCAACUAACGUGCAAAAACAUAAUGGACAAGCCAUUUUAGAUGAGGACUGCGGUCUGGAGCUUACCUUUCUGCUGGACAGCUCUGAGAGUGCCAAGGAGAACCAUGAGCAGGAGAAGCGCUUUGCCAUGGAUGUGGUGGACAGGCUCCAGGCCGCCCGUCUGCAGACGGGCCGCAGUCUGAGCUGGAAGGCGGCUCUGCUGCAGUACAGCAGUCACGUCAUCAUCGAGCAGACCUUCAAGCAGUGGAGGGGCACCGACAACUUCAAGUCCCACAUCACCCCCAUUGUCUACAUCGGCCACGGCACCUACACCACCUACGCCAUCACCAACAUGACCAAGAUGUACCUGGAGGAGUCCAGCCCAGGCAACAUCAAGGUGGCCAUGCUGCUCACUGACGGCAUCUCCCACCCCAGGAAUCCAGACAUCUUCUCAGCUGCCGCUGACGCCAAGAACCAGGGGGUGAAGUUCUUCACGGUGGGCAUCACCCGUGCAGCCAACGAGUCAGCCAACGUGGCCCAGCUGAGUUUGUUGGCCAGUUCUCCUGCCUCCCGAUACCUCCACAACCUGCAGGAUAUUGACAUUGUGGAGAAAGUCCUCAAAGAAAUUACUGACCUGGCUGAUGAAGGGUGUCCCCCGGCCCAACAAUGUGCCUGUGAGAAGGGCGAAAGAGGACUCAGUGGCUUAGCCGGGAAGAAGGGUCGCCCUGGAGAUGAUGGAGCCCCUGGUCUCAAAGGAUUGAAGGGAGAGGGAGGACGAAGUGGACUUCCAGGUCGGGAUGGCGGAGAAGGUAAAUCUGGUUACAAAGGAGAGAGGGGUGAGAGAGGCGAGUGUGGCACUCCAGGAAUGAAAGGGGACAGGGGUCCUGAGGGCCCAAUGGGCACCAGAGGAGUCAGAGGUCUCCAGGGUUUACCCGGUCCACAGGGUGACGUUGGACCUGAGGGCCCUCAGGGUAAGAAGGGUGAUCGGGGUCAAGCUGGCCCGGCCGGAAUUCAGGGAGAAAAUGGUAUUGGACUUCCUGGACCAAAGGGUGAUCUGGGAUUCCAGGGAAAACCCGGCCCCCCUGGUCCGACAGGGUUGAGUGAAUAUGGCCAGCCAGGGCCUCAAGGGCCACAAGGUUUUCAAGGGGAGAAAGGACCCCACGGAGAGGGGCUCCCUGGGCCAAAGGGAGACCGGGGGCUGGCCGGACCGAGGGGGCCAAGAGGACAGACGGGUGCAGGAAUCAAAGGAGAAAAGGGUGAGUUCGGGCCUCCUGGUCAUCCAGGACUGGUUGGACUUACAGGAGCGGGCAUCCAGGGGGAGAAGGGAGUGGAGGGUCCCAGAGGUCCACCUGGAGGCAGAGGACCUCAAGGAGAGGGCUUACCUGGACCUAAGGGUGAUCAAGGUUUCCCAGGAGAGCUCGGAGCUACAGGGGAGAGAGGCGUUGGUGAGCCAGGGCCAAAGGGUGAGCUUGGUACAUCUGGCCUGGCUGGCUUACCUGGUCUUCCAGGCGAGGACGGGGCUCCAGGACAGAAGGGUGAGGCGGGUGUAGCUGGUAUAAGAGGUCCUGAUGGAGCAGCAGGAAUCGGCACCCAGGGCGAGAAGGGAGACCAGGGUCAGAGGGGCAUCCGUGGAUUACAUGGACCUCCUGGCAUGACCGGACCCUCAGGGGCAAAGGGGGAGCCUGGCACACCAGGCCGACUGGGCAUGCCAGGACUACCGGGACGGGCCAUUGCAGGUCCCAAGGGUGAUCUAGGCCCACCUGGUCCCUCUGGGCCGACUGGAGAGACAGGCUAUGGGCUACCUGGGCCAAAGGGUGACCGUGGUAAUCCUGGUCCAACAGGACCUUUUGGAUCCAAAGGUGAAGGUUUCCCUGGCCCAGUGGGUCCUCCAGGCCUUCCAGGUCUACAGGGAGAGCAGGGCCCUGAGGGCAUUGGCAUCCCAGGACCUAAGGGAGACAUUGGCUUCAGAGGAUUGCCAGGUUUGCCAGGCCCAAAAGGAAAGGGUGUGCAAGGACCACCGGGUAACAUUGGAAGGAAAGGACCCCCUGGUCCAAAUGGGCCCCCAGGGGAAGGUCUGCAGGGCCCCAAGGGUGAGCAGGGGUCUCAGGGUGUGACAGGGCCAAGGGGACCCAUAGGGGAAGGAUUCCCAGGAGGUAAGGGUGACCGUGGCUUGCAGGGUGAGAGAGGAAAUAAGGGUGUAAAGGGGGGCAUGGGAGAUUCUGGGGUUCCUGGAGAGUCUGGGAGGCCAGGAGUAAAGGGUGAAGUGGGGCUUACAAGAGAAGACAUCAUUAAAUUGAUCAAGGAAAUAUGUGGAUGUGGAAUCAAGUGCAAGGAGAGGCCAAUGGAGCUUGUAUUCGUCAUUGACAGCUCAGAGAGCGUUGGUCCGGAAAACUUUGAAAUCAUCAAGGACUUUGUCACAGCGCUGGUGGACCGUACCACUGUUGGACGUAACGCCACCAGAAUUGGAUUAGUCCUGUACAGUCUGGAUGUCCACCUGGAGUUCAAUCUGGCGCGCUACAUGACCAAACAAGAUGUCAAGCAGGCCAUCAGGAAGAUGUCCUACGUGGGUGAGGGAACCUAUACUAGCACCGCCAUCCGGAAGGCUACCCAGGAGGCCUUCUACAGUGCCCGUACUGGGGUUAGGAAAGUGGCCAUUGUUAUCACAGAUGGACAGACAGACAAACGAGAGCCUGUGAAGCUGGACAUUGCUGUGAGGGAGGCCCAUGCUGCCAACAUUGAGAUGUAUGCCCUGGGGAUUGUCAACACCUCAGAUACAACCCAGGCCGAGUUCCUGCGUGAACUAAAUCUGAUCGCCUCUGACCCUGACAGUGAACAUAUGUACCUCAUCGACGAUUUCAACACUCUACCAGCUCUGGAGUCAAAGCUUGUUAGCCAGUUCUGUGAGGAUGAGAAUGGAGCCCUUGUGUUGAAUCGCAACACUAAUGGCUUUGGAAGAAAUGGGAACAACGGCUAUGGGAACAACGGCUAUGGGAACAACGGACAUGGGAUUAACGGACAGGGGAAUAGCGGACAGGGGAAUAACGAACAGGGGAAUAGCGGACAGGGGAAUUACGGACAGGGGAAUAGCGGACAGGGGAAUAGCGGACAGGGGAAUAGCGGACAGGGGAAUAGCGGACAGGGGAAUAGCGGACAGGGGAAUAGCGGACAGGGGAAUAGCGGACAGGGGAAUAGCGGACAGGGGAAUUACGGACAGGGGAAUAGCGGACAGGGGAAUAACGGACAGGGGAAUAACGGACAGGGGAAUAGCGGACAGGGGAAUAACGGACAGGGGAAUAGCGGACAGGGGAAUAGCGGACAGGGGAAUAGCGGACAGGGGAAUAGCGGACAGGGGAAUAACGGACAGGGGAAUAGCGGACAGGGGAAUAGCGGACAGGGGAAUAGCGGACAGGGGAAUAACAGACAGGGGAAUAGCGGACAGGGAAAUAGCGGACAGGGGAAUAACGGACAGGGAAAUAGCGGACAGGGGAAUAACGGACAGGGGAAUAGCGGACAGGGGAAUAGCGGACAGGGGAAUAGCGGACAGGGGAAUAACGGACAGGGGAAUAGCGGACAUGGGAAUAGCGGACAGGGGAAUAGCGGACAUGGGAAUAACGGACAUUUGAAUAAUGAACAUGGAAACACCUAUAAUGAGGAUCCUAUCCUAAAUCCAAGUGGACGCACCAGUUCCCAGAGUCACAUCAGAGGCCGUGGAGAUAACUUUGAUCUGCCCCUCAAUGCUGGACCACUCCCAGUGCAGGUGGAUGAUGAAGAGGGUGAAGAUUUAGACGUAAGGACCCACAUGCGAGGAGGUAGUACUGUGGCUGUAGCUAACAAAACAGUAUCCAUCUUCCCUGCAAAGGAAAGCUCCCACUCCAACACAGCUGUCUCGUCAUCAGGAUCAGCAUCAUCAUCCUCAGGAACAACAGGUUCAGCUUCAUCAUCCAGCGAGGGCCAAUUUCAGCCUGUAUCAAUUCCUAUCCCUAAUUCUAUUUUCCCCCAAGAGUCCGUCUCGCUCAAUCCCCGCUGUAACCUGAGUUUGGACCAAGGCACCUGUCGAGAGUAUAACAUCCAGUGGUAUUACGACAAACAGGCCAAUUCCUGUGCACAGUUCUGGUAUGGAAGCUGUGAAGGAAAUGCCAACCGCUUUGAGACAGAGGAGGCGUGUAAGAAGACCUGUGUUCUAUCUAGAACAGCUGGUUAAAACAGGCAGAUGAUCAAUCAACUCAUCAGAACAAUCUGCCAUGGAACCAACUAAGCAAAAUGCAGAGGAUGUUUAAUAAUAGUGUACUACUGAUAUUUAAAAAUGGUAUAUUUACAACAGGCAUUUAUCAUUGGAAAUAGCGUUAUUUUUGCAGCUCUCUGUGUCUCUCUCUCUUGAGGUGUAGAGAAUAAGGGAAGGACAUGCCACUUCUAGAUUACAUGAAGUUGCCUUUCUUUUCAGAUGUAUGGUUAUCUGUGGACUUUAUUUACGGAAGUCUGAAUUUGUGAAGAAAAUAUAACGUUGCUAUGGUAACUGUUUUAUUACAUUUGAAAAGUGAUCCUAUACCUUACUCUUAUUAUAUUGAUGUUGGAUUAACUAAUCCAUUCAAUACCUCAAUGUUACUCAACCGUAAGCUGUACUGAACAAAGGGGAUAGGUUCAAGCCCAGCGUUUGUCAUUUCAGGUUUACCUGAGAAAAACAUCACACAAUACAAUUCUCAUACCUCUUAGCCAUAAGAACAUUGUGCUGCCAUUAUGCUGUCCCACAAUAUCGUUUUAUAAUAUAGGGAUAGUCUUCUAGAAUACAUUAUUUUUUUGUAGUAUACGUCUGAAUUCAGUAAUUGUAUAUUAAAGCAAACUAAAUUAAAUAGGUGCUGUAAUUAUUUUUCUUGUUUGUUUAAUGAUAUGUAUUAGUCUGUUUUAGGGUCACAUACGCCAGGCCUAUAAGUGACAGUAUGCAACUUGACCUAUGUAUUUUUCUUCCAAAGUGUUUUGGGAAAUCGCACGUUGCUGUUGAUGAAAAAGCUAACUUUUAAAUUAAUCACAUUUUUUACAUGUGUACUGGUUUUGAUGAUUUUGUUUUGUUUUUAUUGAUUGAAAAAGGAUAGAUAGAUAGCCAACUUCACAAAACAGUGGGAAGCUUUGGAGUCAACAUGGGCCAGCAUCCCUGUAGAACACUUUCUACACCUUUUAGCGUCCAUGCAGUGACGAAUUUAGGCUGUUCUGGGGGCAAAAGAGGGUGCAACUCAAUAUUAGGAAGGUGUUCCUAAUGUUUUGUACACUCAGUGUAUUUGGCCUUGUGUUUUAGGUUGUUUUCCUGCUGAAAGGUGAA